AUGACAGACCUGGCCCUGCCACCCACCACGGCGCAGCCUGAGGACCCUGCCGCAGCCUCCGCACCAGCGGGGAGUGCGGGAGAGCUGUCUCCCAUCGCAACACCGCCGGCCGCGUCGGUUGCUACAGCCGGUGCCAUUUCGAACACGCUGCCGUCUUACAUCCCCAGCUACAUGACCGGCGGCGACCCCGCCAUUGCGGAGCAGCUCGCGAACAUUGAUUGGGAUGCCGAGUUUAAGAAGCUGAUGGAGCUGACUGGGCAGAUGAUUGAUCGGCAGCUGAAUGGACAGAAUGGCGACGAGCGGCCAACAGCCAGUAGUGGUGGCGCAAGUGCUGGCCAUGGCAGUGACGCCGCGAGGGCCCUCGGUGAUGCUAGACUGGGUGGAUCGAACUCCGUUGGCGCCUCGCCUGCUGUCGCCACCUCACCGGUGCCCCUGACAUAUGCAAACGCGGUGAAGAGCGCGACAGCGGCAGCGAGGAAGCCGGCGACACUCGGGGUUGCGAGCACGGGCACCGCUGCUGCUGCUGCUGCUGCUACUAACAUGGCUGACAUGGACGACGACAGCGUCAGUGUGACCGCAACGUCCAAGAUGGGCACCGGCAAGCACCACUGGAAGAAGCUAACAAAGGCACAGCAGCGCCAUGAGCAGUCGCAGCGCAACGCCUUUGAGGCCUUCGCGAAUGCCCUGCUGCACAGCGUGUCUCCGUUCAUGGCGCCGCUGCGGGCCAAGUGCAAGACAUCGCUGCCGCAUAUUAAAGUGGACCAGCGCUUCGGCAAGAGCGGCCAUCCCGAGACGGCCAUCGCGCAGUUCCUCGUCGCUCCGCUGGUGACGAACUACCGCCCGCGUCACUUCCACGACGUCGCCCCAGGUGAGCUCAUGGAGUUCCACUACGACUUUGCGCUGAUACUGCAGGCGAUCCCGUCUGCGCACGCGAUUCACAUUGGCUAUGGCCCCACCUGGAAGCGCUACGCCGUGCCGUACUGCUACCUGGCCUGUCGCGAGUAUCGCAAGGAGGUGCUCGCGCUGUGUCCAGAGGAGAUACCGAACUCACGCUCGGAGGCCCUUUACGAGGACGAUGUUGUGAAGGACAUCACGGAGCUGCUGCUGAAGCGCGGCGAGGGGUUGGAGAUGCUGGAGACGAUGUCGAUUGUGGAGGCGAUGCGGCGGCGUGUGGAUCUCUACCCACUCUACGACGCGUUUGCGACCGUCUUUCAGAGUUUGGAAAACUACCAAGUCGAAAUCACCGACAUACGAUCGACGCCAUCGCGCUUCCUUGUAAAGGCGUCGCGGCUGGCUGUGGAGGCGAUGCCGCAGCCAAUCGUGCUGGACGACGAGGUGUUGUGGGAUGAGCUGCCGGAGGUAUCGCGCGUGCUCGUGCAGGGUGGCGUGGCGGCAAGUGGUGGUGCCGGCAGCGAAGCAGAUGGCGCCACAGCUCGGUUGGCGCCGCAGAAGAAAGCACUCAGCACACCUGCACCUGCGACUGGAGGUGCCUCUGAUAAGAGAGGUACCGGCUUGGCAAGCGCGCCGGCAGCCAGCGGCACUGCCUCGUCGUGGCAGACGUUGGCGCCGAUGAUAGUGUGCGUGGCGUGCGUGUCGGCAACAUUAGCGGUGGUCCUGCUGAAAAAGCGGCCGUGA